AACAAGAGCAGACUGGUUUCUGUAGCUGUAGCUGACACAACCGGAGAGUCUGAGUGAAGAACACAGGCUAAAACAAGACAAGAAUUUGAAACACUAACCUCUCUUCAUACGUAUAUGCUGCCAACUUUUAAGAUUCCCAAUGUCCAACCGCACUAGGGCCCCAGGGGAGGUCCUAGUCUGCCCCCUGUUACAGCUUAUGAUAGACCACAGUCUCAACAACAACACGAAGGCUAACAUAGUGCUGGUCUGCAUCCACGGCAUUGUCUCUUGUCUGGGGAUCCUAGAGAAUGCACUCAUUAUUUGGGUGGUCGGCUUUCGUCUACAACGUCGCACCGUCACCUCCGUGUGGGUGCUCAACCUGGCCAUUUCGGAUUUUUUGACAACUCUGACCCUGCCUCUUUUUACUUAUUAUCUUUCCUCCAACCACAGCUGGGAACUAGGACAACCACUUUGUAAAAUCCAAGCUUCAAUCUUCUUCCUUAACAUGUUUGUAUCAGCUUUUUUGUUAGCUGCAAUUUCCCUGGAUCGCUGCCUCCUAGUGGCCAAACCAGUGUGGUGCCACAAUUACCGCUCAGUAAUCGGCGCAUGGAAAGUUUGUAUUUUAGGCUGGUUGUGGGCUAUAAUCAACACUUUUCCAUACUUUCUUUUUCGCUCUGUUACUCAGAAAAAUGACAAGAGAAAAUUGUGCUACCAUAAUUUCGCCAUGUAUGUAAAUUCUCCUGACACGUUAGAAAGACACUGUAGGAUAAGACAAGAAGCUACGGCCUUUUCGAAAACAUUUCUCACGUUCCUCAUCCCCCUGGUGGUCAUCGCUGGAAGUUACAUCCAAAUAGCAGUAACUCUGAGGAGAAGAAGAUUGCGACGGAGGGAAAGUGCAAGUAGAUUAGCCAAUGCGCUGAUUGAGACAACAUCACCAACAAGAGCAAACAUGUUUCUAAAGGCGUUUGGGUCUGGCCAAUCACCCUCUUCGACACCAGUUACUCCCUCUCCUACCACAUUGCCCAAUCCAAACCAGCUCUCCCAAAGCUUCACCAAAAUGGUAACGUUUGUCAUUGCAGCUUUUGUGCUUUGCUGGUCUCCAUAUCACAUCUUCUGCAUUAUCGAAGUAAUUGCAGAGUAUCGGAGAGACAAAUCAGACUUCGUUCAAGUUGGCCUGCCGCUAGCUACAACCUUUGCCUUUUUAAAUCCAGUUUUGAACCCCAUUUUGUACGCCUUUAGCUGCCCGAAUUUUUGUAUCCGGAUACGCCAAAGCCUCGGAGCUGUCUUUGAUGGGUUAGUUGAAGAAGGAGGAGGGAUACUGCUUGUGCCAGGGAAAAGUUUAAAAGCGCACAUCAACAGGAAAAACAGCAAAUGCUAACACCCAGAUAUCAACCACGUCAAUCAAUAGAUAACCAGUCCUCGAACAAUAAUAACUAUUUUAAUCCACAUAAACUGACAAAGGAAGAAAUGGAAGGGGAAAACAAACUACAAAGCUGAACAAUACACUAUUUUUCAUAGUUUUAUAGCCAAUGUCCAACAUGUAUUUUUCAAAUGGCUCCAUGCAACAAAAUAUAAAUAAAUAAAUCAGAUUACACUCAAAAUAUGUCUAAUGUUGGAUAUUUUUCUCAAAUAUUUUUUUAUUUUUUCAGCAGUUGUGCCUAAAUGUGUCUAAGAUUUAGCUGUAGCCUAAUUGUAGGUCAUUUUAACUUUUUUAUGUUAUGAAGCAAUAUUUUUCUUUAACGCUACCAAUAUUUGGACACUGAGGGAUUACACAGACACAUUUAAAGCUAUCAUCUGUAAAUGUAUUAUUUUUUUUAUUUUAUUUUUUUCACUGACUGACAUGAAAUCAGACUACUUUUCCUUUUCCUGUUUAAGGUCAAUUAGGAUUACCAAAAUUAUUUCUAUUUGCUAAAUACCAGAAUACUGUGAGAAGGAUUUUUUUAGAUAAUUUUUCAUUACUUUCUUCAAAAUCAGAAGUUUAGAUACAGUAAGGUUACUAAGCAUUUAAACUAUUUGAGGAAAUGCAGAUGAUGAUGCCAUGUUUUUGGAAGCGUCUGACAGGUUUACUGACAACAUUUGGGUUAAUUAGAGACACACCUGUGGAUGUAUUUGAAGCCGCACCUGAAACACACUACUUUUUUUGUUACAACUAUUACGACUCUUCUUUGUGCAAUAUCAUGAGAAUGUCAAAAGAAGUUAGUCAAGAUAUCAGGAAGAGAACUGUGGACUCGCACAAGUCUGGUUCAUCCUUAGGUGCAAAUCCCAGAUACCUGAGGGUUCCACAUUCAUCUGUUCAAACAAUUACACACAAGUAUUAACAUCAUUGAGAUGUCCAGCCGUCAUACCGCUCAGGAAGGAGAUGGGUUCUACGUCCCAGAGAUGAACGUGCUUUGGUCCGAAAUGUGCAGAUCAACCCAAGAACAAAAGACCUUGUGAAGAUGCUGCUGAAGCUGCUAAGAGUGUGUCAUUAUCCACAGCGAAAUGAGUACUGUACCGACAUGGAUGAAAGGACACUUGGCCAGGAAGAAGCCAUUACUCCAAAAGAAACAUUAAAAAGCCACAUUACAGUUUGAAAAUUCUCUUAAAUUUGUAGAGGUGGUCUGACAAAACUAAAAUUGAACUGUUUAGCCAUAAUGAGCAUCGUUACUUUUGGAGAAUAAAGGGGGCAGCUUGUAAGCCUGAGAAGACCAUCCCAACUGUGAAAUACAGGGGUGGCAGCAUCAUGUUGUGGGGUUGUUUUGCUGCAGGAGGGACUGGUGCACUUCAUAAUACAGAUGGCAACAUGAGAAAAGGACAUUAUGUGGAAAUACUGGAGCAGCAUCUCAAGACAUCAGCCAGAAAGUUAAAGCAUGGGCACAAAUGGGUCUUCCAAAUGGACAAUGACCUGAAGCAUACUGCCAAACUGGUUACAAAGUGGCUUAAGUAUAACAAAGUCAAUGUUACAUCAGUUCUGAAUGGGCUAAAAUUCCUGCCAACUAUUGUGAGAAGCUUGUGGAAGGAUAUCCAAAACAUUUGACCCAAGGCAUAGAGUUUAAAAGCAAUGGUACCAAUACUAAUGAAAUGUAUGUAAACAGUUCACUUUGAAGUAAUGAAAAAUUUAU